CCAAAAUCUCAACCGCGCCGCCCACACCACCACACACUCUCUCCUCUCAAUUCCCCUCCAAAUGGCCGACACGAACACCGGUCCGCGCAACCGGCGCGAGCGCCGCGCCGCCGCCCGCGAAGCCGGCGACCACCCCAGCAGUGCCAGCGGUACCACCACCGCCCUAACCACGCAACGCACACCGAGCGACAUCCCGCUGGCGCAGCCCGACCGCUCCGGCCCCAAGGGCAAGACGCUGUACGACCUAGCGGAGGAGCGCAUGGCCGAGCUGCAGAAGCAAGGGCAGCCGUUUGCGAAAGCGCCAGCCGGCUCCGACGACGAGGACUUUGGCCCCAAGGCCGAGGCGCUGCUGUGGGCUUUCAGCUUGACCAUGGUCCAUUUGACCCUCGAUGUCUUGGUCCAUAAUCAGUACCGCGAGGAGAUUGCUUGGGCUGAGGUCUGGAAGCGCACUGCCGUCGUGUUGCCCUCCAUGUGGCUCAUAAUUUACCUCUUCCAUACUAAGACGGCCUUGAAGUUCACCUUGUUCAGGCAAUUGGUCUAUCUGGGCAUCGCCUGUGCCGGAGGUUGCUACUGCGUCUAUGUGGGCAACACAUUUGGCUACUUUGCUGUCAUGAAGCAGACACCCCCGGUCGGCACGCUGUGGAUUUGGAGUGUGGUGGAGAUGCAGAAGUGGUAUGCUCUGACGAGCAUAAUUGUGGUUGGUUUAUAUACAUUAUGGAAUGGCUACGGGUUUUUCUAGGGUAUCCUGUAGUAGACGGUUCAAAAUAUGGCAUGGAAAAUCGGUGGAGGUACGAAAUAUGCAAACGAG